AUGGACGUGGCAAAAUUCAAUGAAGCCAUCUUACGAGGAACGCCGGUGGUUCCUCCCGCAUCUGACAUGGCUCACCCAGAGGCGGUUACAAUGGCACUCGUUCUUUCUAGUCUUCGCAGUUCUAAAAAACCUAGCACCCUCUUCACUCGCUGGCUGCUAAAGCUGGGGAGAGGGCAGGUCAAGCAGGUACUUGCUCUUAUCACAGGACACGGCCAUUUCAAGAAACAUAUCCACACUCUAGGAAUUGUCAAUCACAAGCAGGAGUGUCGACUUUGUAACCAGUCCGAUGAGACUGCAAAACACAUUAUUCUGGACUGCGAUGGACUACGGGCUAGGAGAAGGGCUCUGUUUGGUCUAAAGCAGCCAGCGGCUCCCAAGAGUCAAGUAACCCGGGAGUCUGCAUUGCUGGACACUCGGACAGUACGGUUCGGCGACAACGACCUCGCGAGUCGAGAUAUUAAAGACGCCACGUUGGGUUCACUCGAGAGGAACCCAUCAACGCAUUGUCCCGCAGGACAUGGACCUUUUGUCAGUAAGACUUGGUCUUCUGCAUUCUCACGGCGGCAUUUCCUGGCGUGCAAGUCCCAUCCUACCGCGUGGGCUAUUUCUAGUUUUCCGAAGCCAAUUGUGGACUCUGGUGAGCCCAGUCAUGCUUGUGGUACCCGUUGUUUCCCAGUUCGACGACCUCCUGCCAAUCGUCCACCACCAGUGUACGGGGUGAGGGCGGAGGCCGAGGUGACGGCGACAGGAAGCGGUGCCGGAGGGACGGCCACGGGGGCGGCUGCGGAAGUGACCCAGGAGGGUGUGGAGGGAGGGGACGUAGAGGAGGUGACAGAGAGGGAUGCGCUGUUCCAGGCUCCUCGAGACCUCCUCAACGAGACCAGGGAAGCGUUAUCACCGGACGGUAGCGAGCACAGCUCGGUGGUGUACGUCGGGGACGGGUAUGUUCCUGUGAGCACCCAGCUACGGUCAAGACCUAUCUCAUCAGACCCCUUGCUGCUGGACUGGCGACUACAGACGGUCGAGGGAUGGGACGCCCGACGACACGGCAACAAUAAGACGAGAGUACAGCAUAUUGAAGCUGAGUGCCAAGACGAUUACAUGAAGAUCAGAAUCGGCUUUAAUGGAUCAUUCGGAGGUUUGCUCUACUCUUCCGGCUACUCCUACGACCCAGAUUGUGUCUAUAUCAAUGGUACAGGGAGAGACUAUUACGAGUUCUACAUUCAGCUCAAUAGAUGUGGCACGUUAGGGAAGAAUUCUCGGCAAGAGGACGCCAGGAAAAACCCUGCAAAAAAUCUGAUGUGGAACACGGUAACAGUGCAAUACAACCCUAUGAUUGAGGAAGAGUGGGACGAACAUUUCAAAGUAACCUGCGAGUACGGAUACGACUUCUGGAAAACCGUUACAUUUCCAUUCUUGGAUGUCGAAGUGGCGACCGGUAACCCUGUGGUGUUCACCCUCUCACCCCCAGAGUGUUACAUGGAGAUCAGGUAUGGAUAUGGAACAGCUGGCAACAGAGUGGGAGGACCUGUCAGGGUGGGUGAUCCACUCACACUCAUCAUCUACAUGAGGAGCAAAUACGAUGGGUUUGACAUAGUAGUGAAUGACUGUUAUGCUCAUAAUGGUGCCAACAAAAGAAUUCAACUUAUUGACCAAUAUGGGUGUCCUGUUGAUGACAAGCUGAUUAGCAGAUUCAGAGGUUCUUGGAGUGAAAGUGGGGUGUUUGAGACCCAGGUGUUUGCCUACAUGAAGACCUUCCGCUUCACAGGAUCGCCAGCUCUCUACAUAGAAUGCGACGUUCGCAUGUGUCAUGGACGCUGCCCGAGCCAGCCAUGCCAUUGGAGGAACGCGAAGUCAGUCACAAAAAGAUCAGUAACAGAGGUGCAGUCAGUGACUAGCACUCCUGUUCCUCUAUCUCAGAAUAUCAACCUCUUCCAGAGUUUACGAGUGCUCCAAGAGGGUGAAGGAUCGGACCAGGCAUCUCUGCUGAACAGUACGUACAACAGUGAUUCAGUGAACUCGGUGUGUGUGAGGUCAGGACUAGUGGCCACUUUGUUGGCUCUGAUAUCCACAGUGUUUUGCGUGAUGGGCCUAUCACUGACCGUCAUGUGUUGCCGAGCUCGCAGACUAGCCAAGAUUGUGGUGGAUGAACCGAGGAUCGGACACCUAACCUCACCACCAAGAUGUUUUCUUAACUGAGCCACCAUCGAACGUUACACUUAGAAACUGUGUUUUAAUUCCUCAUAUAUUAUUCAUUGUACACAAGAUUAUUUCAAUAAGGUUUUAAGUAAAAUUUAAUUGUAAAUUCUUUACUUUUUUCUGACGUUAAAAUGACAACUCAUGUUAAAACUUGAAAAAAAACUGUAACUGUCAACUGCCAUUUGGUGAAAGGGUAAGGUCAUAACUUUCAUAAGUUAGUACAGUUAUGGAUAACAUUAUUUACAAUUUUAAAUUU